AUGGGUCGUGGCGGUGGCAGGCGUGCCGAGGCGGAGGAACCUCCGGCUGUUCCUGAUGGGGAUGAAAGUGCUCAGGGCGAUGAGGGUUCAGCGGAAGAACCUGAGGAGGUGGAGGUGGCUUGGGUGGUAGGCCAGUUGGCUACUGUCUGGGACGAGGAUAAAGCGAUUCGGGCCAGGGCGAGAGCGACAAAGAUGUUGACACGGUGGCCUGCCCCGAAAUCGAAAGGCAUCCCGAGCAUGAAGGCCAUUAACCUUUGCUGCGAUCCUCUCUACCACCUCGCAAAGCGUUGGUGCCCCCUCUUCAAGGAACCCAAGUCUCCGCCGGUGCCACUCCUUCGAGCCGAGGCCCCUCGGUGUAAAACAUGUUUUCGAAUCUUUUUUGCAUCUUGUUGCACAUAUACUCCGUACAUACCCCAGAUCCUGGAGUUUCGCCGGAUCAUGGGCUUCGAGGAGGACGAGGUCCUGGUUUAUUUGGAUAGUUGGGGGUUAAGAAGACUCUUUUCCCUGGCCAUUCGCCGUCGCUCCUCAGCGCGGAAGCGACGUGACCCCGUUACCGAUCAGUUCUUCAAUGUCCUGGUGCAGCACUGGGGCCACCUGAAGAACAAGCACAAAAAAAAGGGUGGCAAAGGCGCCGAUCCCGAAACCGAAGAAUCGGAAGAGUUGGCAGAGAUCGAUGCCGUGAUUGAUUCCGAAGUGGAUGGGGAGGACUUGAGUGGCUUGCAUCUCCAGCGAGAUGGCUAUGAAGUUCUCCAGCCGGCUGAAGAGGCCGGUGAUGUAGGUGGAUGUCACCUGGAGGAGGCUUCGGAGAAGAAGCUCACGACACCGAAGGAGCACAAGUUCUGGGAUCCCUCAGAGGUGGACGGCGAUGACUUGGACUUGAAAGAGCAAGCGAUGCUGGAAAAGAUUGCCAUGCUGAGGACGCCGACUCCGAGGAACCUUGCGGCGGCUUUGGAUGCCCAAGCUACGCCUCCCAAGACUUCCCCGCCCCAUGCCCCCGAAGUGGUGGGUCGUGCUGACAGUGCAGCAUGCAAGCCGGAGGGAGAAGAGCAGUUGGACAUAUUGAACAACCAGGCCUACAUCAAGCGCACCGACCAGACCGCGGUUGCCCGCCUGCCCGAAGAAGCAGACCCUGACCCGGUGCCCGAGGAGAAGAAGAAACGGAAGAAAUGCAAGGUGACGAAGCAGAAGGCAUCGCCUGCCUCCUCGUUGGGUGCCCCGGACAACUUCUGGGACUUCUGGGAUGAGGAGACCGAGCGCGAGUACUACCGGUUCAAAGGCUGGACGGAGGAUGAGCUCCGAGCUUGGUACGGAGACCAUGAUGACGAUGCGCAGCCUUCCAAGCCCCUGAAACGCAUGCGUGUGUUCCGAAAGAGUUCGAGCGCAGGCUUUGACAAUGAUGGGCCUCUCGAGGCCCCAGCAGCAAAGGCAGCAUGUGUCAAGGACAAGGAUGAGAAAUCUGGUAUGGAGGAGGACUUGCCCGAAAAGGAGGAUGAGGACGAGGAGACGAAGGAGACAUGCUUCGCUCGCAGGCCCCCUCCCAAAAAGGCGUCGACAUACAUGAAAUGGAAGGCCGUUAAGUCUGCAUUUCUGGAUCACGUCGGUCUCUAUGUCAACUUCCCCUCCAAGUACCAGGAUCCGUUUUGGAAGGAAUGCCAAGUCAUCUUCAAGGCGCGGGCGGAUCGCUUAAAGACCAGCGAGGACUACGUGGCUGCUGCCGUGAAGGCUGCGAAGCGUUUUGUGCGAAAUCUGCCCGCCUUGUAA